AUGAGCAUGGACGCUGGCGGUCUCGCUCAGAUGACUUUCAACGGUUUCUCUUCCAACGGCCUUGGCGCUCCCGGCUCUGGCUUUGCUUCUAGAAACAGAGGAGCCCAUAACCACAAGCGCCUUAGCGUUGGCCUCCCUCAGCAUAUCAACCCUAUUGAGAACCACUCCGACUCAAACCCUACACCUCGUACCUCGCGCUCCCACCUCCUCGCCGGUCUCCGUACCGCUCCAAAGACGCCGGCCGUCACGGCCUCCGCUCCUUACAACCAGCUAGACUACCAGUCUCAGCUCAGUGGCAUGGACGCCAAUACAUACAACGCUUAUAUGCAAAGUGUUCCUCAGUCAGCCACUGCUGCUAGUUUCGGUGGCAACCACUACGGUGGUCGCCAGCAACACCAGCAGCAGCGUCAUCAGCAACAGCAACAACAACACAUGUAUUCUAUGCCCGAGCAGGUCUUGGCCCCGCCCACCUUCUACGGUCAGGAGGCCGAGAUGGACCCCAACGUCAUGGAACAGCUCCAGCUUACCAGCCUCUUCCUCGCUCAGCGCCAGCAGCAACUUCAGCAGCAGCUCGCCGCUAUCACUGCUGCCGCCAACACUGCUCAGUUGCAGGGCUUGAACCUCGCCCAGUUCCAGCAGCCCAUGUCACAGAUCAAUGCCUAUGGCCAGCAGCACGCCCAGCAACAACAGUCGCCCAUCGAGGUCCCUGGUCAACCUGGUCUCUACCUUGUGUACAACCCCAUGACUGGCCAGUACCAGUACGCCGUAGACAACAACGCACAGUCCCCCAUGUCGCCUGUCUCGCAGCACCAGAACGGCUUCUUCAACGUUGACACUCCUCAGAAACAGCAACAGCCCGUCUUCCGUGCCGAGAUCUCGCCUCCACCCACCGAGCGUCCUACGCCAACUGGUUCUCGCUCCAUCACUCCUCCUAAGAAGACAUCUUCGCCUGCAUCGAGUCUUGCUCACGUCGAACCCCUUCCUCCUCCGUCUGCCAACGCCUUCCGCCGUGGCCACAAGAAGGCAUCUUCUCUUGCUAUCAACGCCCUAACUGGAACAUCUGAUGGCCCCAAGACAAGCAGCGUUGCUACUUUCGGUUCUGCCAGAUCCGUCUUCCCACCCACCCCAAUGACUGGCACUUUCGGACCUGGCGCUGCUCGUGCUGGAGAACAUCCUGUUCGUCAACCUCGUGGCCCACCUCCGCUCGAAGAACUCAUUGCUUUGCCCACCAGCAAGCAUGAAGGCAGCAAGAACUUUGCCACUCGUCAACGCCGUCGUGCUCUUGACAACCUCGUUCGUGCUGGCUCGUUCCGUCGUGCCGUCAGCGGAUCCCCUCGCGGUAGUCCUAUCAGCGAGCGCGAGCUUCACUUCCAAUCAGAGGAGGACGAGCCCUGCUUCCGCAAGCAGAGCCCUAUUGGCAGCGAGCGCAACGCUAAGAGAAGCUCCAAGGACAGCCUCGAGGGCCUUGGUGCAGGUGGCGCCGUUCACACUCCAGUCAGCGAGAAGGGAGACGCUUUCGACAUGGGAGCUUUUGCUAAGCAGCUCCCCAGCCCUAUUCAGCAAGGUCUCGGCCGCAGACACAUGAUGUUGGGUGUUCUUAGCGCAGCUGAGAAGAGAAAGAGCAUGUUCUAG